UUAUAAUUCCGUUCCGACCAUUUCCUCUUACUAUAUAACGGUAUAAUCCGCUCUUCUUCAAACCCCAUAUCCUCAACCUUCACACCCAUCAUCCAUCGACCUGAAAUUAAACCCAACCUUGAUUAAUUGCCAUUUUCCCACUUUCCGGCUCGUGAACACUUGCACAAUUCCAUCAUGGCAGCACUUAAAAACGAGGACGCUGUUUACGCCAAACUGGACGCUCUCUACCAUACAAUCGAUAGCCUAAAAUCCACCUCAACGCCCGAAGAGUUGGCAGCCUUUGGCGCACUAUUCAGCGAAAACUGCAUCACCUACCUCAGGAGCAUGCGCGAGUUCGAAACCCCCAGUGUUGGCCGACAAGCCACCAUCGACGAGCUCAAAGAGAUCCUGGCGCAGUACCACGUCGCAGAACGACGUAUUCUCUCUCGCUCUGUGUCCACUUCGGCCGAUGGAUCCAGCACUGUGUUCUCGGAGUCGAAGAAUAAGCUGCAUGUACUUGGAGAGAGCCUGGAUCCGUUUUACGAGACGGCCGUGGUGACGUUUGAUAACGAAGGAUUGAUUCAAGGGUUGAAGAAUUAUAGCUGUCGGAGUCAUAUUGUGGAGAUUGUUCAGAGGGAGACAGGGGUAGGGCCAUAUAUGGAGGGGAUUGUGCGCGCAAGGAAGGGGGAGAAGGAGAAAGCUGCUUGCUGUCAGUGAUUGAUGCAAUGAAUUCAAGUAUGGCAGUCGGGAAAUUUGAAUUUCUUAGAGUAUGAAGGAGGCCCUGUUCGGACAUCCAACCCCCGAGCUUGCGAUCGAUCGAUGUCAUCAAUCACUUCACUACAUCUCGCUGACUUGAAUAGAAUAUUGUGAUCGUACUUCCAACG